CAUUAGGGUUUUACAUCUUCUUCUCUAACAACAAUGGCUUGCACAAUCGAUUUUCGCCGCCUCGAUGAAGGUUUCGGCGGCAAAACCUACAAACGCAAACGCGAACAAGCACAAGCAAUCGAAGAUGCAAAGAUGGAAGAACCCGACACCAUGGAAACCGACGAAACCGCACCUCCACCAGCAAAAAGAUCAGCUCUUCCAUCAGCAUCAGAUCCAAACAAACCGUCGUUUGGAGCACCGACUUACGACGGAGUAAUCGCCGGUAAAGUCUCCGGAAGAAAGUGGAAGCAGGUUCGCACUCGUCGUGCUUCGGCACUUCAUGUGAGCAGAAAGGGAACAACGUUUGAAGAAAGGGAAAGAGAGAAGAAGAUCAAAAUGGCGUAUAAGGAGAGGAUUAAUGAGUUGAAAGAAGAGAUUCGGUUGAAUAAGGUUGAGAAAAGGAAGAAGAAAGAAGAAAGAGAGAAGAAGAAGAAAGAGAAUAUUUUGAGAUCUGGGACUAAGUUGCAGAUAAUUUCUAACCCUAAAACGCUGAAGAAAAUUGCUAAGUCGAAGAAGAGAAAGCAACUUAGAAUGGUUCCUGAUGAUUUAGUUAAGAAAUAGAGGGUUUUUAAUUUUUAUUUUGAUGAAAUUGAAUUUUUAUUAUGUGUUGCAUUUUGUUUUGGAGAAUUUUGGGGAUAUUGAAAGGAGAUUUUAUAAUUUGUUAGAUUUUAUAUACUCCAAUUAUCAUUAUGUUUAAAUUAUUACUAUAGUCUUGAGAGAAUAAUAUAUGUUCUGUUUGUGACUA